ACUGCUUCAGUAAAUACAACAUGACAAUUAACCAAUAAAGAUGAAAACGUGGUAUAAUUGACCAAUCAAAUGCCUCUAUUUAUUACAAAGUCGGUCAGCCAAGCGUCUCCUUUUAUACAAGUAGCGAGCUAUAAGCGCAACCAAGACAGAGCUUCAAAAAUGCCCGAUCAAUAAGGCUCUUCAAAUGGAAGAUAGAUUUCUUCAAAUAUUCUAUAUUACCUAUAAGUAUUUAGAAAAUUCUAUUUUGUUUACAAAUGCAUUCCAAUUUACGGAGUGUUGACACAGAAUGUGAUCAACGGACUUUCAAUCAUCGACGAGAGAAGAGGAUCAUCAAUUUAAGCUCUCAUGCUUCCUCAAUAAGCAAUCAGGGGUGUGUUAAAUGUGAACUGUGAUAAUGUUUCUGAACGACACAAAAAUAGUGCUGGCUUAAAACUCAUGUGUGUGAAUUCUGAGAUGCAAACGUGACUUCGUUAGUGAAAUACUAUACUUCAAAAAAAUUUCCCAAUCAUUUUCUCAAUGGCAUCUUCAGAAUUGCAUAUGCGGUUUUCUAAAAUGCAGUAUGAAUGCUCUCUUAAGAAAAGGAGAAGUUGAUAUUCUGUAGUAACUUACUCUACUUUUCAAAAACUGUCCCUAGAUUCUGGACAUCAGGUGUGUUGAAGUAGGUAACCAACGCUCAAAUCUGUACUUAAUUGUUAAAAAAUUCUUUGCUGAGAAACUAUAUUAAAACAUACUUUCUUACUUAUACCGAAGACGACUUUAAUAAACCCUAUUUGCGUAAAGAAAAAGCAUAAAAAAAUUGUUUUUGAUUUGCCCCUACUUGGAUUAAAUUUAUAUGCCUGCAUAUCCAUAAUCUUACGAAUGUGAAGUGAAUUACCAUCAUAGUAACAGAAACAACAUAGAAAGCGCUUUAUAAAGUUUAUUUCCAUGCAGAUCUAAUUCAAAUAUUAUCUUCUACAUACGGUAAAAAAAUCGAUAUGAGUGAUAAAAUAUUUUCUUGCUGACAGAAAAUAAAAUUCAUAUUGUGCGUGCAUAUAUCUUUUUCUUUUUAUAAAGAUUAUGUAUUUUUGGUUAAUUGAAUCGAAUACAUGAAAUUGUGCAUUAUCUGCUUUUUUUUGUGAUAAAAAAAAAACAAAAAAGUGAGAUAAAUUAGUUUAAUAGUAUCAUAGUAAUAAUUUAGUAUCUAUAUAGUAAUAAUUAAGUAUAGUAAUAAUUUAGUAUCUUGGCAAUAUAAUUUAAAUUCUCAUAUGCGUCUAUUAAUAAAUCAUGUGCCUGCUGUAAGGUGAUCAUAUUUCCAAAAUAUUCUAUUUUACUUAAGUAAAAAUUUAGUCAAAGUAAGUGACUUGAUACAGCAUGUUCUUUUUUGUAUCAUUUGUUAUUAAAGGCAUAAUUUAAAUCAGAAUAGGUGUCAUCCUGUAAGUCAACUUUAUUCUAACAAGAGUUUUUCAGGAAAAAGUCUGAGCAAAUACUAAAAUUCAUACUGGUGAAAAAUCUUAUUCUUGUAGUAAAUAAAAUAAGGGUUUUUCGCAAGUGUUCAUACUGGUGAGAAGCCUUCUUCUUGUAGUAUAUGUAACGAAAUUUUUUCACUAAAAAGUAGUCUGAUCAAACACAUUCAUGUUCAUACUGGUGAGAAACCUUAUUCUUGUACUAUAUGUAAUAAAAAGUUUUCAAGAAAAAGAAAUCUCACUAUACACAAUCGUGUUCAUACUGGUGAGAAGCCUAAUUCUUGUAGUAAAUCUACUAAGAGUUUUUCAACGAGGAAGACUCUGAAACAUCACUGUCGUCUUCAUACUGGGGAGAAACCUUAUUCUUGUAGUGUAUGUAAUAAGAGUUCUUCACACAAACGUGGUCUGACAGAACACAGUCGUGGUCAUACUAGUGAGAAACCUUAUUCUUGUAGUAUAUGUAAUAAAAAAUUUUCACUAAAUUGUAGACUGAUGAAACACAGCCUUGUUCAUACUGGGGAGAAACCUUAUUCUUGUACUAUAUGUAAUAAGAGUUUUUCAAUGAAAGGUACUCUGAAUCAACACUAUCGUGUUCAUACUGGGGAGAAACCUUAUUCUUGUAGUAUAUGUAAUAAAAGUUUUUCAUAUAAAGAUAGACUGAAAAUACACAGUCUUGUUCAUACUGGCGAGAAGCCUUAUUCUUGUAAUAUAUGUAAUAAGAGUUUUUCACAAAAACGUAGUCUGACUGAACACAGUCGUGGUCAUACUGGUGAGAAACCUUAUUCUUGUAGUAUAUGUAAUAAAAAAUUUUCACUAAAUUGUAGACUGAUGAAACACAGCCUUGUUCAUACUGGUGAGAAACCUUAUUCUUGUACUAUAUGUAAUAAAACAUUUUCACGAAAAAGAAAUCUCACUAUACACGGUCGUGUUCAUUCUGGUGCGAAGCCUUAUUCUUGUACUAUAUGUAAUAAAAGUUUUUCUCAAGAAAGUAAUCUGAAUCAACACUGCCGUGUUCAUACUGGGGAGAAACCUUAUUCUUGUAGUAUAUGUAAUAAAAGUUUUUCACAUCAAGAUAAACUGAAAAUACACAGUUUUGUUCAUACUGGUGAGAAGCCUUAUUCUUGUAAUAUAUGUAAUAAAAGUUUUUCACAAAAACAUAGGCUGACAGAACACAGUCGUGUUCAUACGGGUGAGAAACCUUAUUCUUGUAGUAUAUGUAUUAAAAAAUUUUCCCUAAAAUGUAGUCUGACGAAACACAGUCUUGUUCAUACUGGUGAGAAACCUUAUUCUUGUACUAUAUGUAAUAAAACAUUUUCGCGAAAAAGAAAUUUCACUAUACACUGUCGUGUUCAUACUGGUGUGAAGCCUUAUUCUUGUGCUAUAUGUAAUAAAAGUUUUUCUCAAGAAAGUAAUCUGAGUCAGCACUCCCGUGUUCAUACUGGUGAGAAGCCUUAUUCUUGUAGUAUAUGUAAUAAGAGUUUUUCAGAAAGAGGGAGUCUGAAUAAACACAGUCUUGUUCAUACUGGUAAGAAGCCUUAUUCUUGUAGCAUAUGUAAUAAGAGUUUUUCACAAAAAGGUGGUCUGAGAAUACACAGUCGUGUUCAUACUGGGGAGAAACCUUAUUCUUGUAGUAUAUGUAAUAAAAGUUUUUCGGAAAGAGGGACUUUGAAUAAACACAGUCUUAUUCAUACUGGUGAGAAGCCUUAUUCUUGUAGUAUAUGUAAUAAGAGUUUUUCAGAAAGAUCGACUCUGAAUAAGCACAGUCGUGUUCAUACUGGUGAGAAACCUUAUUCUUGUAGUAUAUGUAAUAAGAGAUUUUCAGAAAGAGGAACUCUGAAUAAACACAGUCUUGUUCAUACUGGUGACAAGCCUUAUUCUUGUAGUAUAUGUAAUAAGAGUUUUUCAGAAAGAGGGAAUCUGAAUAAACACAGUCUUGUUCAUACUGGUGAGAAGCCUUAUUCUUGUAGUGUAUGUAAUGAAAAUUUUUUACUAAAAUGUAGUUUGACAAAACACAGUUUUGUUCAUACUGAUGAGAAGCCAUAUCCUUAAAGUUUGUGUAAUAAAAAAUUUACUACAUUUAUUUUACUAAAGUUUAUGUUAUUAUAAAAAUUUACUAAAACUACACGCAGUAGUGUUCUUACUAAAGAGAAGUCUUAUUCUUGUAGUAUAUGUAGUAAGAGUGUUUUACAUUGAUUGACUUUGAAUAAACACUGUUGUGUGCAUACUGGUGAGAAACCUUAUUCAUGUAUUACAUAUUAUAAGAGUUUCUCACAAAAAGUAAUGUUACAGAUCACAGGCGGUGCUCAUACUGGUGAGAAGCCUUAUUCUUGUAGUGUAUGUAAUAAAAGUUUUUCAUUAAGAGGUAGUUUGACUGAACAAUGUCGUCUUCAUAGUGGUAAGAAACUUUAUUCAUGUAGUAUAUGUAAUAAGGCUUUUUCAAGAAAGAACUAUCUAACUAGUCACAGUCAUGUUCACGCUAUUUAACAGCCGUAUGCUUGUUAAAAGUUUUCUUUUUUUUCACUUAAGGUCCAUCGAAUUUAUUGUUGUUUUAUUCAUACUGGUGAAAAAUCUUAUUUAUUUAAUAUGUUUAUAAAAAAAAAAGAAUUUUUAAUUUUUCUAAAGCUAACUUUACUGGUGAGAAACCUUUUUAUUGUAGUAUAAUGAAUAAGAGUUUUUCUCAAAAAUGUCAUCUGAUUAAAUACAGUAUUGUUUAUUCUAUUGACACACCAUAUUGUGUGUAGUAAAAUAGUAUUUUUAAUAAUAGGGAUCUAAAUGUUUGCAUUCAUGUUCAUAUUGUUUUCAAUUUACCCCUUGAUUACUGGAUUAUAUUACUUUAUUUACAACCAGUUAUGUUUGAUUAAGUUAUAAAUUGUGAUUUAUUUUCUUAUCAUUAGAAUCCUGAGUUCAAGUUAAUA